CUCUUUGCUUCUUCUCGACAUACUCUCUCUCUUCCCUCUUCUAUCAAACCCAGACAGACAGAUAAGAACCCCAUAUCACACUCUCCUCCGCCCUCGAUCUCAAUUUGUCGGUGCUUUGCUCUCGUCAACGCUGAGAGAACGAAGAUGGUAAGUGGGGUGGUUAUUUUUUGGAAGGUUUCUCUAGAUCUGGAAGAAGAAACUGGGGACGACGACAACUACGGAUCGAUGUUGAUUCGUGCAGCGGCCGAUGACGAUAUCGUGGAUUCCCGGAGGAGGCUGUAGCAGUGGUCUUAAGAGGAGGCUGUAGCGAUUGGUCUUGGAGAGGAUGGAGGAUCCGUCGGCGACAGGAAAGCUUGGUGGUGCAGCCGGUCACGGAAAUAACUCCGACGGUGGAGGCUGCGGCAGUUGAGAUUUGGGGGUUUUUGGGAAAAGAUGAACGAAAUAGAAAGUGGUGUUGGAUAUGGAAAUUUUGUGACGAUUUGUGGUGUUGGAUUGAAA